AUGGAAACUCCUAGUACCAGUGAAAAAGUUGGGCAGGAGCAAGAUGUUGUUCAGUAUGCUUCUUCUUUAAAUGAGGGAGUUGAGCAUCAAGAAAAUGAUAAUUGGGGAUACUUGAAGCACUACUUCACGAGCCGGGAGGGAUGGAUUGGAGACUACGAUUAUUUCUAUCUCAUCACUCCAAAUAUCUGGCCCCUGAACCGGAAGUACAAAGAUUAUGUCGCCCCAUUCUACGGCCUCAACGAUGAAAUACCCAUCUUCCUCACCAUUCUCCUUGGCUUGCAACAUGCUCUUACGAUGAUUGGUUCUAUCGUGUCUCCUCCCCUUGCAAUCGCAGGUGGUGCUUUCAACUUCGACGCAACGAUCACUCAAUACCUCGUCUCAGCCGCGUUUAUUACAACGGGCAUUGCAACCGCUUUGCAAGUGACACGAGUCCACAUCACCAAAACACCAUUCUACAUUGGCACAGGACUGCUUUCCGUCGUAGGCCCAACAUUCGACAUCCUUCCCAUAGCUUUCAACUACACAUCCAUGCGCUACGCCAACGGAACAUGCCCCACAGCUGAAGACGGAACGCAACUCCCCUGCCCUGACGCCUGGGGUGCCAUUCUAGGAAGCAUGUUGUGCACAGUCUGGAUUCAGAUAGCAAUGAGCAUGGUCCCACCUAAAACGUUGAACAAGAUCUUCCCUAAGAUCGUGACAGGCAGUUUAUUGUUGCUCGUAGGGGUGUAUUUGAUUAACUCAGGCAUGCAGAAUUGGGGCGGCAGUUCGAAUUGCAAUGGUGGAGAUGGGUUCUAUGCACUUUGUCCAAAUAUUGGUGCUCCGAAACCUCUUGCUUGGGGAGAACCAAAACUCAUCGGCCUCGGCUUCAGCGUCUUUGUAACCGUAAUAAUCAUCGAGCAAUUCGGCUCGCCAAUCAUGAAAUCCGCAUCCAUCAUCCUCGGCCUCGCAGUCGGCUGUGCCAUCUCCGGCGCAACAGGUUACUGGUCCCGCGAAAACAUCGACGCCGCGCCUGCUAUCACCUUUCUAUGGGUCCACACAUUCAAGCUUUCCGUAGACGGAGCGCUGAUCUUGCCACUGCUAAUUAUGUUUAUCUGUGAAGCUGUCAGCUGCAUGCCUGACAUCCUCGCCACGGCCGAGAUCUCGAAUGUGGAUAUUGAGGGCACGCAGUUCAAUAGCCGUAUCCAGGGAGGGAUAUUGUGCGAUGGGCUUGGGAGUUUGCUUAGUGCUUUUGGCACGGGCUUGCCUAUGGUUUCACAGGCCGGGAAUAACGGCGUUAUUUCGUUGACGGGAUGUGCGAGUAGACGCGCCGGAUGGUGUGCGUCGGGAUUUUUGAUCUUGAUGGGUAUGUUUGGGAAGUUCGGUGCCGUUUUUGGGAGCAUGCCGCCUUCUGUACUUGGCGGCAUGCAGGUCUUCCUCUAUAGCACCAUCGCCGUGGCUGGUAUCCGUGUUCUAGGUCUGAUUGCCUGGACUCGACGCAAUCGUUUCAUUCUCACUGCAUCCCUCGGGAUAGGGUUCAUCGAUAUUGUGCAACCGAAGUGGUUCAAUCAGAUACUAGAUUAUAGUGGAAGCAACGUCCAUCUUCAAGGCUUCGAACAGGGCCUCAACUUGAUCGUUGAGACUCCAUUCAUUGUCGCUGCCGUGAUCGGUGUGUUCUUGAAUCUGGUGCUACCGAGGGAUAGAAGUGAGAUGGAUGGGGUAGUGAGGGACGUUUCGGGGAAACCUGUAUUGGAACAGACUCAACUGAGAGAAGACUGA